GGCAGCUCAACUUGACCAUCGGGAGGAAUUCCUACUCUAGGAUCCUCCUACCUUUCUACCUUUCUACUUUUCUUUUUUUUUUUAUUUCCUACUUUUAUAUGCUCCGAUACCGUCAGUUGUUCAAGAUGGUCGAAACUGCCACGAAGAAGGUCAAGACCUCUUCUCCCUUGAUCGGAACUCAUAACGGUCAUUUCCACGCCGAUGAGGCUCUUGCCGUUUAUCUCCUCCGUCUCCUGCCAACAUACUCCUCCUCCUCCCUCCUCCGUACCAGAGACCCCGCCCAACUCGCUACCUGCCAUACCGUGGUCGACGUGGGUGGAGAGUACGACCCCGCCAGCAACCGCUAUGAUCACCACCAGCGUGCUUUCGCGACCACCUUCCCCAACCACAACACCAAGCUCUCCUCCGCAGGGUUGGUGUACAUGCACUUUGGCCGAGCCAUAAUCGCCCAACAUACCUCGUUGCCCUUGGACCAUGAGGACGUUACCCUGUUGUACGAGAAGCUGUAUACCGAUUUUAUCGAAGCCGUCGAUGCCAACGAUAACGGUGUCUCCGCCUAUGAUCCCGCCGCCAUUUCCGCCGCCAACAUCGAGAAGCGCUUCAAGGAUGGCGGAAUCACGAUCGCUUCGGUGGUAGGUGAUAUGAACAACCCGGACCCUACCUGCCCCCCCGGGGAGCCUCAGGACGAGGAUAGUCUGUUCUCCCGGGCUAGCACAUUCAUCGGAAACGUCUUUGCUCGCAAGCUGCACCACGCCGCUUCCUCCUGGCUGCCUGCACGUACGUCCAUCGGUGCUGCUUACCGUUCCCGUCGGGACGUCCACGCUUCCGGUCGCAUCCUUGUCUUGCCGCAGGGCGGUAUGCCUUGGAAAGAGCACCUCUACAACUUCGAGAAGGAAGCUUCGGGAUCAAACGAUAUUAGUGCUGAUGAUCAGGUCUACUAUGUCCUGUAUCCUGAGAGUGCCACUGAGGGUUCUAAGUGGCGCGUGCAGUGCGUCUCCGAAAACGAGGGUAGCUUCGUGUCCCGAAAGCCUCUGCCGGAGGCGUGGCGGGGUGUCCGCGAUGCCGAUCUCGAUGGUGUCAUGGCAGCGGAGGCUGAGAAAUCAGGAAACCUUAAGGUUCCUGAGGGCGCUGUCUUUGUCCACGCCAGUGGCUUCAUUGGUGGCCAUCAGACGAAAGAAGGCGCUCUUGCCAUGGCCAUUCGUGGAUUGGAGUAAUAUGUUACGGAUAAAGAUAGGCUUACAUUUCUUGCCAUGACGGUAAGGGUUUUUGAUAUGGGAUUAUCUA